ACCGCCGGCACCGACACCGCCGGCACCGACACCGCCGGCACCGGAGCUGCUGAGAGGCCGGCACCGAGACCGCCGGCACCGACACCGCCGGCACCGAGACUACCGGCACCGACACCGCCGGCACCGAGACCACCGGCACCGACACCGCCGGCACCGAGCAUCGCCAGCCCCGGUGCUGCUGAAGCGUCGAGCGCCGAGCACCGCCGGUACCGAGUGCAGCCGGCACCGAGCGCGGCCGGCACCGAGCGCGGCCGGCACCGAGCGCGGCCGGCACCGAGCGCAGCCGCACCGGAGCUGCUGAAGCGCCCGCACCGAGCACCGCCGACACCGAGCAUCGCCAGCCCCGAGCGCAGCCCGCACCGAGCACCGAUCGCCGCCGGCCCCGCUCCGCUCCCGCAUGAGCCCGCUGGCCCUGGGCACCGCCUGAGCGCAGGAGAAUGAACUGAAGGAUGCUGUGCAGGAGGGGAGCCUGAGCCUGCAGGAUGCCAGCGAGUGCCCCCCAGCCCUGCAGCACGGCCAGGUAAAACCAGACUAUGACCAUCUCCGGGAAACCCUGCUCAGAGUGACCAAAGAACGAGAUUUGGCUGCAAGGGGAAAACACCAGCUCCAAGCCAAGCUGGAGAACCUAGAGCAGGUCCUAAAGCACAUGCGAGAGGCUGCGGAACGGCGGCAACAGCUGGAGCUGGAGCAUGAGCAAGCCUUGGCUGUCCUCAACGCCAAACAGCAGGAGAUCGAGCUGCUGCAGAAGGCUCAGGUUGAAGCUAAGAAGGAACAUGAAGGAGCAGUGCAGUUGCUAGAGGCCAAGGUGCGGGAGCUGGAGGAGAAAUGCCGGACGCAGAGCGAGCAGUUUAACCUGCUGUCCCGGGAGCUGGAGCGGUUCCGGCAGCAGGCGGGCAAGAUCGACCUCCUGAGCAGCCACCCCCUGGCGCCGCCGGGCAAGGCCCUGGGCCAGCUCAUGAACGGGAUCGCCACCUCCAUCGGCAAAGGUCAUGAAAGCCCUUCUGGAAGUCGCUGUGUGAUUUCAGAGUUUAUCCGGCCCCUCCAGAUAUCUGGAGACAAACCAGAACAACUGUCAGUCAAACCUACAUUCCUGUCCAAGUCACGAUCUGGUACCCCAAGAUGCAGAUUUGAUUCAGACAUGGAUAAUGAUCAGAAUUCCAAUACCUCAAAGCAGAGAUAUUCUGGGAAAGUCCACCUUUGCAUUGCCCGUUACAGCUACAACCCCUUCGAUGGACCAAAUGAGAACCCGGAGGCGGAGCUCCCUCUCACGGCAGGAAAGUACCUGUAUGUCUACGGGGACAUGGACGAGGAUGGCUUCUACGAAGGAGAACUUCUGGACGGACAAAGGGGACUCGUCCCUUCCAACUUUGUGGAUUUUGUUCAGGACAACGAGAGCCGGCUGUCGAGCACGCUGAGCAGCGAGCAGGACCAGAACCUGCUGAACCGCUCGGGGCCGGUGCUGGAGGGAGAGCUGCUGGAGAUCAGCCCCCCGAGCCUCGCCGAGCCCGGCGCGCUCAGCAACGGCGCGGGGACGCUGGACGUGAACAUCGACGAGAUCGGGGAAGACAUUGUGCCUUAUCCUAGGAAAAUCACCCUCAUCAAACAGCUCGCCAAAAGUGUCAUUGUGGGCUGGGAGCCCCCGGUGGUGCCGCCUGGCUGGGGGACCGUCAGCAGCUACAACGUGCUGGUGGACAAGGAGGUGAGGAUGAACGUGGCCCUGGGCAGCAGGACGAAGGCUCUCAUAGAAAAGCUCAACACCUCCGCCUGCACCUACCGCAUCUCCAUCCAGAGCAUCACCAGCAAGGGCAACUCCGACGAGCUGCAGUGCACCUUGCUGGUGGGCAAGGACGUCAUCGUAGCCCCCUCCAACCUCCGAGUGGACAACAUCACCCAGAUCUCUGCCGAGCUGUCCUGGCUCCCCACAAACAGUAAUUACAGUCACGUCAUCUUCCUGAACGAGGAGGAGUUUGACAUCGUCAAGGCUGCUAGCUACAAGUACCAUUUUUUUAAUUUGAAGCCCAAUAUGGCCUACAAGGUGAAGGUCAUGGCAAAGCCCCACCAGAUGCCCUGGCAGCUUCCCUUGGAACAACGAGAAAAAAAGGAAGCCUUUGUGGAAUUUUCUACGUUGCCAGCAGGUCCCCCAGCCCCCCCUCAGGACGUGUCAGUCCGGGCAGGGCCCGCCCCAGGGACCCUCCAGGUGUGCUGGAAGCCACCGGCUCUGUCGGCCACGGGGACGUCACACGGUGCCAGCGUCACAGGCUACGGAGUCUAUGCCAAAGGGCAGCGGGUGGCAGAGGUGAUGUUCCCAGCCGCGGAGGGCUCGCCGGUGGAGCUGCUGAGGCUGCGCAGCCUGGACGCCAGGGACGUGACGGUCCGGACGCUCUCUGCGCAGGGGGAGUCGCUGGACUCUGCUGCUGCUGCCAUUCCACCCGACCUCCUGGUGCCUCCAACCCCCCACCCCAGAACUGCUCCCAAAUCUAAGCCAUUAGCAAGUGCCGGAGCCCCAGAAACCAAAGAAGAACAUUUAGGCCCACAUUUAAAAAGGGAUGAGUCGUGGGAGCAGACUCGUUCGGUGUCCCCCGUGCACGGACACAUGCUGGAGCCACCCCAUUUCCACGGCCCUCUCCAGGGGAGGAGGUCGCCAUCCCCCAACAGGAUCCUCCCCCAGCCUCAAGGCACCCCCGUCCCCAACACCGUCGCAAAAGCCAUGGCAAGAGAAGCUGCACAGAGAGUGGCAGAGAGCAACAGGAUGGAGAGGAGGAGCAUCUUCAGCGACAGGAGCAGCGCCACGCCCUACUCCGACGAGGAGGAGGAUGGCUACGACUCCCCCCGGGUCAAGCGAAGGGGAGCCUCCGUGGAUGAUUUCCUGAAAGGGUCCGAGCUCGGGAAGCAAGCUCACUACUGCCACGGGGAUGAGUACCACACGGAGAGCAGCCGGGGCUCGGACCUGUCAGACAUCCUGGAGGAGGAUGAGGAGGAGCUGUACUCGGAGAUGCAGCUGGAGGAGGGCGGCCGGCGGCGCCUCAGCCUCACCUCGCACGGCGCGCUCAAGGAGUACCAUAAGAAUAAGACCACUGAAGGCCCCUUUGUGGAGCAGCCUGACUUUCCCCAGCAGAUCCACCACAGUAAAAGGCUUUUCAGUAUUCCAGAAGUGGCUGAAGAGGACGGUGACCACUGUGAAGCGCUGUCCAAGCAGGGUUUAGGUACGGCCUGUAGAAGGAGCCCCCGGGUAUCCGCAGGCUCCCGGGCACGCAGGGCCGGCGGCCCCCGGCCCCCGGGCGGGCACGGCUCGGCCCCGGGCGGGCACGGCUCGGCCCCGGGGCGCCGGGAGCCCGGCCCGGGCCCGCGGGGAUGCGGCGGGCGCCGGCAGCAGCAGCCCCUGUCCCGGAGCCCCGACAGCGGCCUGGACUGCGGCAGCGAGGAGGAGGAGCCGCGCUUCGGCCUCGCACACACCUGGGGCGGCGAGGAGGGGCCCCGGCACAGGCGAAGACACAGCUGGGGCAGUGAGGAAGAGGAGCCCUGGCACAGAGUCAGACACAGCUGGGGCAGUGAGGAAGAGGAGCCCUGGCACAGAGUCAGACACAGCUGGGGCAGUGAGGAAGAGGAGCCCUGGCACAGGCGAAGACACACGUGGGGCAGUGAGGAAGAGGAGCCCCGAUUUGGGAUCAGACACAGCUGGGGCAGUGAGGAAGAGGAGCCCCGAUUUGGGGUCAGACACAGCUGGGGCAGUGAGGAAGAGGAGCCCCGGCACAGGGACAGACCCCGGUGGAGCAGUGAGGAAGAGGAGCCCCGAUUUGGGGUCAGACACAGUUGGGGCAGUGAGGAAGAGGAGCCCCGGCACAGGGACAGACCCCGGUGGGGCAGUGAGGAAGAGGAGCAGCCCCGGCACAAGGGCAGAACCCCAUGGGACAGUGAGGAAGAGCAGCCCCGGCACAGGGACAGACACACCUGGGGCGGUGAGGAAGAGGAGCAGCCCCGGCACAGGUGCAGACCCGCACGGGGCGGUGAGGAAGAGGAGCAGCCCCGGGCCGGCCCCGCGGCGCUGCCCGCAGAGCCCCGCGCCUGCCGGGGCCGCCCGCGGCCGCUGCUGGGCCGCAGGAGAACCCUGACCCGGCAGAGCAGCAUCGAGGAGGACUUCGGGGAGCUGUGCCCCGGGGAGCCCGGCGCCGAGAGGAAGGCUGAGGCUCGGCGGGAGCGUUUGUGUAACGGGGCGCUGCAGGGCGGCUGGAAGAGCGACCCCAAGGGCGGCCCCAGGGGCCCCGCGCAGCCGCCCCGCAGAGAUGCAGAGGCCGCUCCGCUCCUGGGGAACCCGGGCCGGGCGGAGCAGGCGGCGCGCAGGAGCUCCCAGGGCAGCGCGGCCCCACAGCGAGCGCGGCCCCCGCCGGGCCCCGCCAGCGAUGGCUACGACCAUCUUUCCCCAGAUAUUUAUGAGGAAUCUGAGACAGAUCCGGGCACAGAGGAUCUUUCCACUCGAAUAUUUGUUGCACUUUUUGACUACGAUCCCCUGACGAUGUCCCCGAACCCCGACGCUGCCGAGGAGGAGCUGCCGUUUAAGGAGGGACAGAUCAUCAAGGUUUAUGGGGACAAAGAUGCUGAUGGAUUUUACCGUGGAGAAACCUGUGCAAGAAUUGGCCUUAUCCCGUGUAACAUGGUCUCUGAGAUCCAGGCAGAUGAUGAGGAGAUGAUGGAUCAGCUCCUUAAGCAAGGCUUCCUUCCUUUGAACACUCCGAUUGAGAAAAUCGAGCGCGGCCGGCGCGGCCGGCAGCAGCCGCUGACCACCCGCAGGAUGGUCGCCCUCUACGACUACGACCCCCGGGAGAGCUCCCCCAACGUGGAUGUGGAGGCCGAGCUGACCUUCUGCACUGGGGACAUCAUCACUGUCUUUGGUGAGAUCGAUGAAGAUGGAUUCUACUACGGUGAGCUCAACGGACAGAAGGGGCUGGUUCCUUCCAACUUCCUUGAAGAAGUGCCUGACGAUGUUGAAGUCUUUCUCUCCGACGCGCCCGCGCGCUACGUCCACGACACCCCCAUGCGAUCGAAGGCCAAAAGGAAGAAGAGUGUUCAUUUCACACCUUAAUAAGGCAAUGUAGCCUUCACGUUCCUCCUGAGAAUACAGGUACACCCCGGAGAGCACCAUCCCCCACUGCUCAUCUCCACCCCGGGUCACCUCCGUCACCCCUGAUGGGCUCUGGUAGUCCCGGGAGAGGCAGGGAAAUGUCCUCG